AUGGCUGACCAAACUGACCAAAUAUGUAAUCAGCUCUUGCAACCAUUCGAAACAAUACCAAACAAAGCGAGAGAACUUUCUACUCUUAUCAAAGCAGACCUUCUUUGCAAAUUGCCUGUGGCUGGGGGCGAGGAGACUAAGUUUCCUAUACUUAAAGAUUUUAUCUAUACUAGCGAAGAGGUUCGUCGAAGUACGAUAGCAAUGCAGAUCAGUUAUGCACUAAGCGACCCAAUUGGAGAUGCUGUCAUAGGCACUGGAUCGGAGGACAUGAUGCACUCAUCUGUAGACGCGUUGAUCAGGUUUUUACUUCAGAUUUUUGUGAAAGCGCUCGGAGGGAGACUACCAAUUGAAUUUGAUCGGAACAGAGCGGAUCCGAAAUCGACAACAAAAGGUCGUGAUCGGCCAGACUUCCUUUGUUGGACAAGAGAAGUGCUCCUAUUUAAAGGCGAGGAGAAGGGCGAUGCAAAGGAUUUCGAUCUUGCUGUAGAAGAGCUUCAGAGUAAGUUUAAUGUGUUUGACCCCAUGUGUUUUGGCGACAUCCCAUUCAUGAUUUGUUACGCCGCCGCGGGACCGAAGAUUUGUUUCUACGCAAUUGAUGGUUCACCAGACGCUGGGAACCAGCUUGAUCGUUUGAUCCCGCUCACGAAUAUGCUCAAGAUGGAUCACCGCAGGGAUCGAGUUACCAUCCUCCAUACGGUGAUAAACAUUACACGCAUUAUGUUGACUGUAAGUACUAAGAUUCCUAAUAAUAUCAUUCCUCUCGGCAAACGGAGGAAGACUGGGGAAACGACGAUUACUUUCUUUGAUGACUUCGUCGAGAAGAAGAUCCCACGAAAUCAUCUUCCAUAUGCUAAUGAUGAUACUCGUAUCCAUUUCUUGGUAAGAAUGUACAAGCACGCCAAAGGCUAUUCAGGCCUUGUUCAAAUCAAGGACGAACCUAUUCUUAAGAGACGAGGAAGUUAUAAAGUCUUUAUGACAACGCGGGGCUUGAAUAUCUUGCCGAAGAACGAGGGUGAGCUAAAGGCAAUGAGUAAAAGCAUUAUUACUGGACUAGUCAGGUUGCAUCGAGGAAACUUCGUCCAUCGUGACAUUCGGACACCAAACAUUCUCUAUGUUCCAUAUGAGAAAAACUUCAAAUAUGUUCUUAUCGAUUUCGAACACGGAGGUUAUAAUGGAGAAAAUAUGUCUGACGAAUGGUUGAAUUGUUGGGAUGAUAAAACACUCACGAAUACUGGGCAAUAUACAUUCUUAUCUGAUAUGUACCAAUUUGGUAAGAUGUUGGAGGGUUUUGAUAAUAUGUUGAUGUCGGUUGAGGGAAACGACUUUGUGACUAAUUUGAAAGCGAAAAAGCUGAAUGCUCAGAAGGCGCUUCAACAUGCAUGGAUUAAAGGUUUGUAG